UUUGUCGCAGCAAACUUCUGUCCUGACUCCAGACUUUACACCCGGCCGUUCUGGCGCUUUACAUUGAGCCUGGGAACUGGAACAAGCUUGCACGCGUUAUGACAGUUUGACAGGAGACACGCCUGCAGCGUUAAUCUACGGUAUAUUUUAACGAUAGAGGGAACGCAAAUUAAAUAGCCUACGUUUAUCAGUAUAUUAACAAACUUGCUUAAAUAUUUCCUGUAAAGCAACUGGAAGACAACACACUAAAAGAUUUACUAAGACAUCGAUAACCUGCCUAGUGACUAACGUUAAGUCACUUUUCCCUAAACCAAGGAGAAAAGAACAUUUAAAGUUAAGACCUUUAGUCCUUGCUUUUCUGGAACGUCGGGAAACUUGCAUGUUACCAAGCUGACAAAUUUAGCGGGUUGUUAAUUUUAAACAGAGGUUACACAGUUUUGUAUCAAUAGAAAAAAAUAGAGUUUACGCGUGAGUUCGAAGAAAAUGUUCAGCUGGGCCAACAAGAAUGGGAGGAAAAAAGACCCUGAACUAUUUCAGACGGUUACGGACGGACUUCGACGACUAUACCGAACCAAACUCUUUCCCUUGGAAGAAGCAUACCGCUUUCAUGAUUUUCAUUCACCAGCUUUAGAGGAUGCUGACUUUGACAAUAAACCAAUGGUCCUUUUAGUUGGCCAGUAUUCGACCGGGAAGACCACCUUUAUUCGGCAUCUAAUGGAGCAAGACUUUCCCGGUAUGCGAAUAGGUCCCGAACCGACCACCGACUGUUUCAUAGCUGUGAUGCAUGGUGAACAGGAUGGGCAGAUACCAGGCAACGCUCUGGUAGUUGAUCCUAAAAAACCAUUCCGAAAACUGAACGCUUUUGGCAACGCAUUUCUCAACAGGUUCAUCUGUGCUCAGAUGCCCAAUGCGGUGCUGGAGAGCAUCAGCAUCAUCGACACUCCAGGAAUCCUGUCUGGCGAGAAGCAGAGGAUCAGCAGAGGCUACGACUUUGCAGCAGUGCUGGAGUGGUUUGCGGAGAGGGUCGACCGCAUCAUCCUGCUCUUUGACGCCCACAAGCUGGACAUCUCGGACGAGUUCUCGGAGGUCAUCCGGGCCCUGAAGAACCACGAGGACAAGAUGCGGGUCGUGCUGAACAAGGCGGACCAGAUUGGCACCCAGCAGCUCAUGAGGGUGUACGGUGCCCUCAUGUGGUCGUUGGGCAAGAUCAUCAACACUCCUGAGGUGGUGCGGGUCUACAUCGGCUCCUUCUGGGCCCAGCCUCUCUUAGUGCCGGACAAUCGCAAGCUGUUCGAGGCAGAGGAGCAGGACCUGUUCCGAGACAUACAAAGCUUGCCCCGAAAUGCUGCCCUGCGUAAGCUCAAUGACCUUAUAAAACGCGCCCGCCUUGCCAAGGUCCAGGCCUAUAUCAUCAGUUCCCUGAAGAAAGAAAUGCCCAUGUUCGGGAAGGAAAACAAAAAGAAGGAGCUGAUUGCUAACUUGGGUGAGAUCUACCUGAAGAUCGAGAAAGAGCAACAGAUAUCUCCAGGGGACUUCCCCAAACUAUCUAAGAUGCAGGAAAUCCUGGCCGGCCAGGACUUUGCUAAGUUUCAGACUAUCAAGCCCAAAUUGCUGGAAGCUGUAGAGGAUAUGCUGGCCAACGACAUUGCCAAGCUGAUGACGCUAGUGCGACAGGAAGAGGCUGCCAUGCCCAGCCAGUCUGUUAAGGGUGGCGCAUUUGAGGGCACCAUGAAUGGACCCUUCGGCCAUGGCUACGGAGAGGGCGCUGGCGAGGGCAUCGAUGAUCUGGAGUGGGUAGUAGGACGCGACAAGCCCACCUAUGACGAGAUCUUUUAUACCCUCUCACCUGUCAAUGGAAAGGUGUCGGGCGCCAUGGCCAAAAAGGAGAUGGUUAAGUCCAAACUACCCAACACGGUCCUAGGAAAGAUCUGGAAGCUGGCCGAUGUGGACGGAGAUGGCUUCCUCGACGAUGAUGAGUUCGCCCUGGCCAAUCAUUUGAUUAAGGUGAAGCUGGAGGGUCACGAGCUCCCUGCUGAGCUGCCUGAACACCUGGUACCCCCAUCAAAACGAGGGCACGAGUGAGGCUGGAGAACGAGGACCUGCAGGAGGUCUGGGUUUAUGAGGGUGGUUUAGGUUUAUCUGUUAGCACCCAUACAAGGUGGGGUGCAGAGAUUGAUAUUUAGAAUUCAAAUCAAUAUAUAAUAGAAAAUAGAAGUUGAUGACAAAAAAUUCAUAUAGUCAUUUUUUAAUAAUAGAGAAAUAAACUAAUAUAUUCAUCACCCAAAUGAUUAGUCCACAGUUAUUUUAUUUGAACUAUUACCUGCACUUGUCAAUUAAUUUUCUGACUCAACACCAUUUCUUUGAAGCCCACAGUAAUAAUUUUAUCCAGUUACAUUAUCCACUCCUUAAUAGUAAAAACAUCUGCUCCUGAAGCCUCAUUCUUCUCCUUUCUGUCUACAUACUUUGGAUGCUGUUCCAAUUUUGAGCAGAACCCUGUUUUCCACUGAAUUGCAUCUCUGGCAGUGAUUGAUAAAAAUCGCAUGCUUUCCAAGGUGCAUUUUCUAAGGUAGAGACUAAGCUAUCACAGAGAUUCCCCUCUAACACAUGUUGUAAAAUAAGCUGCAGUUUAUAUUACACCAUUGCUCAUGUAUUGUUAGCACAGAAAAGUCCCAUAUUAAAGCAGACUGCCUUGAUCCCAAUAUCUCGUCCUUUAGCUAGUAUCAGACACUGACACACUAUAAGUAAUGUGUAUAUGUAUAUUGUGUUUGUCUUUUUAAAUAAAAUGCACUCUAUAAAAUA